CAUAGUGCACGCAUACACUAUUUCGCCGUAUACUAUUGCCUUCAUAGCCCGACGAUUGUGUGUGCGAGUCUGGAACGUGUGUGUGUGUAUUUUGCAGGCACUGAUGCGUACACAGCGUGAUAUACCUGGCUUUUUCGCUUAUCAGUGGAAUACAUUCCUUGCCAUUCACACAAGCCGAGAGUACUAGAUUACAGUGAACACGAUUUUCUCUCAUCUAUCGCUCACUGACAUUUGUAUCCAUCGUCCUAAUUUUAACGUGUUUGGAGUGCUUUCUCUGCGAUUUGGAGAUAACUGCGUAAGUGAAUACAUCCCAAGCCUACUUCUGAGUGAUUAUUCUGCUCAUUAGCUGUAUUCGAGUCACAUCCUGUGAAAACCCUGCGAGUACUAAUUUUCGAAUUUCCACACGGGAGUAUUCGCAGAGGAGCAUCUAUUUCAAGCAUUGGAUUCAAGCUUCGAGUCAUCCUUGCAUUUUUGUCCUGAAGGAAUUGGUUUUUAUCUUUAUUUGCGAGGAAGAUAUAUUCCAAUCACUGUCAUCAUGAAGCAACCUCCACAAAUGCAAACAGCGGUGCAACACCAGCCGUAUCCAGCAGCCCUCCAUCAUACGCUCCCCCAGCACGCCGGCGGGGAGAAGAAGCAGAAACGCGCCGGAGUCUCAAACUUCACCAUGUCCGAUUGCUACGAAAAGCUGAAGCAACUUGUGCCGACAAUCCCGAAGAACAGGAAAGUCACGCGAGUGGAGAUACUACAGCAUGUCAUUGACUACAUCCAGGACUUGCAGACGGCGUUAGAAGGAAAGAACAUCGAUGUUAAAAUGAUGGGGAGCGUGAAUGCGCUUACCGGUAUGAUCACGGACUCAAUGGCCAUGCCCGCCCCAUCCCCAGCCGCCUCAAACAGGAUGCCGUUCACAACCAUUGUUCCGCAGAGUACGCAGCAAAGCCAUCAGCAAAUGACCUGCCCGCCAGCCACACCGCUCGGGGUACACACACAGAGCAACGUAAGGCAACAGCAGCAGCAGCAAUGUUAUCCUCAACCUCAACAUACAUCUCUCUUUCAUCAUCAGGGAUACAGCGAUUACCACCAAAGACAACAGAUGCACAUGAACAUGUUACAACAACAUCCGGGCAGCAGCAGCAAGGUCCUUCCCCACCCUUACGAGACGCCUGAGAGUUCACCCGAGUCGAGGCCCUGCAGCUGCUAGCAAGAUUUCUGAUGAGUUCUGGCAAAGCUUGGACUUCCUUCUCCCGAUACAUCCACAGAUGGUUCCCUUUCCAUUUGGCAUCGCUCAUGGUCACCGGAGUUCUGCAUGCCCGAGGCUGGUUCAAAGUAUUAAACAGCAGCAAAUCAGGAUUUCUACAACGCCGAAAGACAUAUUCGGGACUACAAGGACCUGCGGACAUUGCUUUUUGAGGAUAUUGCAGACGAGGUAGUGACGCCAUGGUUUGAUUUAGUUAUCAACGCGCUCCACAGUUUGGACGGGACAAUUCAAAAUGGCGGACGUUUGGAAAGUGGAAUUUUAUCUUUGAGAAGGAGACCGCCCCCAACGGUAUAACGUCAGAUACGAACUCUCACACGAGACGAAGUUACACAUCGCAGAAAUUGACUUCAUUUAUAGAAAAAAAACAUGAAUUUAGAAAAAAAUAUUAGAUAUUAUUUAAGACUAUUUGUGGUUCUGUCUUGUACAAUGAAAAUAUGAAUUGUACAUAUCGUAAAUGCUAUCAAUGUUUCACACAAUGACAACUUUCAAUAACUGCUCAAACAACAAAUUGAGCAGUCAUUGAACGUUUUGGAUACACUAUUUCGUGAUGAAUAUCUGUAUAUAUUGAACGAGAUAUCACGAUGUAUUCGUAUAUACCGUGUUUUUACGGUUCACAGUCUUGUAUAUGUUAUUGCCAAAACUUGUCGCUCAAUGUCUAUGGAAUAUUUUGAUUAAUAUUUGUGAUUAUUUGAUGAUUUUUUUGUUGAUUUUGCCUCCCCCUCCAUGCUUGCCAUGUAUAGGAAAGGGCAAAUAUUCCAUUAAAAUAUUUAUGCUAAGAUAUUUAAAUACAUAUUGAUAGUAGGAUUUUAUGAUAAAGUAAUUUAGGGCGCCACACACGGAAAAUGUAGAACAUGCCAUAAUAACUUCUAGGCCAAAUGACCAAUACUAAAACACUCGUGGAUUUCAUUGCAAAAAUACCACUUUUUAUAAUAUGGUAUCAUAAAUAAAGGUUGCAGGGACAAUGUUCUGUAGUGUUUGUAUUUAAAUGCCAUUUUAUCACUGAAAUUCACUCCGUCACUGUUUACGCUGUGGUUCCCCAUGUUGUAAUUACUAGAAAAAAUAUGAAUCGAAACUGCAUUUUGAAUAAGGAUUACUAUUUGCCAAAUUCCUCAUUUACAUUUUUUGACGGUUGUUCGUGUACGCUGUAUUUAAACAUGCGUGUGAAAAAUCAACAAAUAAAACAGAUUAUGUACGAGGGAGGCAUGCUUAUCUUGUCGUAGUUGAAGUGGGCGGAAGGGUAUCUCCAUAUCGCACCUUUGGAAUGAAUCAUUAACCAGGUAGGCCAAAUUCUUGAUAAUAUAAAAAGGGAAAAUAUUUUUUUAUCAAACAACAGACAUCCACAACCGGAAGUUAAUGUAAUGUUCAAUACGAAAGAGAGAAAACAUUUAUUGAAAACACAAAUCCGGUGGCAGUAAUAAUAUUGUACCCCAAAGGUCGGAAGAACAUUUCGGCAUUUUUGCACUUCCGAACAACAUAAUUAUUCUACAUUUUGCUCAGCAAACUAGUAAUUCAAACUCCAUUUUCUGGAAACCUGUAGGCCCAUAGAUUUGGAAAUUAUCCAGUAUUAAUUAUAAUGCGAUAUAGUGGUAUUUAUUACCUUUAUAUUUUUUAGUUCAUUCGAGUCCAUUUUUUAUUUUCCAUAUGAUUUAUAAUUUCAUAUUUUUGAUGUAAUUUUGUACUGUUGAAAUAUGUUGUUCGAAAAGGAUUUGAAAAAAAUUAUGUGUCAUUAAAAAGUUACAUUGAAUUCUAAA